AGGGUAGUAUUUAGUGUCACGAUGUUUGGGGAUCUGUUUGAAGAAGAUUAUUCCAGUGUGUCAAAUUAUCAGUAUGGAAACGAGAAGAAAUUAAAGACCAAGGUUUUGGAGCCACCGGCUCCUAGAGAAUUCACCAAUUUAAGCGGAAUUAGAAAUCAGGGUGGAACCUGUUACCUCAAUUCCCUUCUUCAGACUCUUCAUUUCACACCCGAAUUCAGAGAAGCCUUAUUUUCCCUUGGCCCAGAAGAGCUUGGUUCAUUCGAGAAUAAGGAUAAACCUGACGCAAAGGUUCGAAUCAUCCCUUUACAGUUACAGCGGAUGUUUGCUCAGCUUCUGCUCUUAGACCAGGAUGCAGCGUCCACCACGGACCUCACUGACAGCUUCGGGUGGACCAGCGAUGAGGAAAUGAGGCAGCAUGAUGUGCAAGAACUGAAUCGAAUUCUCUUUAGUGCUUUGGAAACUUCUUUAGUCGGGACCUCCGGCCAUGACCUCAUCAAUCGUCUGUAUCACGGGACCAUUGUUAACCAGGUUGUUUGUAAAGAAUGUAAGAAUGUCAGUGAAAAGCAGGAAGACUUCUUAGAUCUCACAGUAGCAGUCAAAAACGUAUCAGGUUUGGAAGAUGCACUCUGGAACAUGUAUGUAGAAGAGGAAGUUUUUGACUAUGACAACCUGUACCACUGUGGGACUUGUGACAGGCUGGUUAAAGCAGCCAAGUCGGCCAAAUUACGUAAGCUGCCUCCCUUUCUUACUGUUUCAUUGUUAAGAUUUAAUUUUGAUUUUGUGAAGCAUGAACGAUACAAGGAAACUAGCUGUUACACGUUCCCUCUCCGGAUCAAUCUCAAGCCUUUUUGUGAACAGAGUGAAUUGGAUGACUUGGAGUAUGUUUAUGACCUCUUUUCGGUUAUUAUCCACCAAGGUGGUUGCUAUGGAGGACAUUAUCACGUGUAUGUUAAAGAUGUUGAUCAUUUGGGAAACUGGCAAUUUCAAGAGGAAAAAAGUAAACCAGAUCUCCAGAAUAAAGAGGAGAUUGACGAUGAUCCAUUGAUAAUUCUAAAAGCAAUCUUACUACAGGAGAGUAAUCUGAUUCCUGUUGAUCACCUGGGCCAGAAACUCUUGAAAAAGAUAGGAAUAUCUUGGAACAAGAAGUACAGAAAACAGUACGGACCACUGCGAAAGUUCUUACAGCUUCAUUCUCAGAUAUUUCUGCUCAGUUCAGAUGAAAGUACAGUUAGUCUCUUGAAGAAUGGUUCUCUCCACGCUGAGUCCGAUUUUCAAAAGAAGGAUCAACACCUUUUCCAGAUGCAUACUUCAGAAUCCCCAGGAUUAAAUGACAGAAACUCCUGUCCCCACUGGUUUGAUAUAAAUGAUUCCAAAGUCCAACCAAUCAAGGAAAAAGAUAUUGAACAGCAGUUUCAGGGUAAAGAAAGUGCCUACAUGUUGUUUUAUCGGAAAUCCCAGUUGCAGAGACCCCCUGAAGCUCGAGCCAAUCCAAGGUACGGGGUUCCAGGUCAUUUGCUGAAUGAAAUGGAUGCGGCCAACAUUGAACUGCAAAGAAAAAGGGCAGAAUGUGAUUCUGCAAACAAUAGUUUUGAAUUGCAUCUGCACCUGGGCCCUCAUUAUCAUUUCUUCAAUGGGGCUCUGCACCCGACAGUCUCUCAAGCAGAAAGCAUGUGGGAUUUCACCUUUGAUAAAAGAAAAACUUUAGGAGAUCUUCGACAGUCAAUACUGCAGCUGUUAGAAUUUUGGGAAGGAGAUCUGGUGCUUAGUGUGGCAAAGCUUGUUCCUGCAGGACUUCACGUUUAUCGGAUGCUGGAUGGAGAUAACCUGACACUGUGUGAAAUGGAAAUUGAGGAUGGGGAAGACAUCUUUGUAUGGAAUGGGGUGGAGGUUGGUGGCAUCCACAUUCCAACCGGUAGCGACUGUGAGCCUGUGCUCAUAAAUGUUCUUCAUCUCGCAGCAAGCAGCCGGGGGGAAAAGUGUCAGCAGUUGGUAGAGGCCCCACAUGUGUUCCCGUCCAAUGCAGAAGUGCGGGCUGUGCUCACAGCCUUGGCAAUGCCCGUAGCCGUCCUCUUCGUCAGCACCACCGACUCUGUCGGGGAAGAGAACUGGGCCGCCAUUCCCGAGGAAGAUCUGAAGAAGACGUUCAGAGAACAGGGCCUCGGGAACGGGAGCUCGGUUCUCGUUCAGGAGUCUAACGAUGAUAAGAGUUUGCUGCUCAGACAAGGGAAAUGGUUCACUGGUGCGAGUGAGACCAGCUGGCUCCAAGUUCAAAAUUUAUGCGAGGUGGAGUCUGAGGAGAAGCAAGUUAAGAUAUCAGCAACUAUGAACACAGUGGUGUAUGAGAUUCGAAUUAAAGCCAUAAAGGAAUUAAAAUUAAUGAAGGAACUAGCUGAGAACAGCUGUUUGAGACCUAUUGGUAGAAACGGGAAGCUUCUCUGUCCAGUGCCAGACAGCUACACCGUGAAGGAAGCGGAACUGAAGAUGGGCAGUUCAUUGGGACUGUGUCCUGGGAAAGCACCAACUCCCUCCCAGCUGUUCCUGUUUUUCACUGUGGGGAGUGAUGUUCAGCCUGGUACAGAGAUGGAGAUCAUCGUAGAAGAAACAAUGUCUGCGAGAGAUUGUUUAAAGCUCAUGCUGGAGAAGUCUGGCCUACCAGGAGACACAUGGCAUUUACGGAAAAUGGAUUGGUGCUAUGAAGCGGGAGAGCCUUUAUGUGAAGAAGACGCAUCCCUGAAAGAACUUACGAUAUGUUCUGGAGAUACCUUGCUUUUAAUUGAAGGAAAACUUCCUCUUCCGGGUUUCCUGAAGGUGCCCAUCUGGUGGUACCAGCCUGGGGGUCCCUCCGGUCAUUGGAAGAGUCAUCAGGACCAGGUGGACGGUACCCCUUCUCCAAGUGGGGUCUGGACAGCUACUUCCACCCAAGGCGCUCCAGGUGACCUGUAUGCAGAGGCUUCCCUCCGCCACGUGGGGGACCUCGAGAUCUCAGAAGAGGCCACCUUGCUGGAGCUGAAGUCCCAGGCCAUGACCUUGUCCUCCUCUGAUUUCGUCAUCCCGUCCCCAGCCUUCCUUAGAGCCUGGACCUUGGAAAGUAAGCGCCCCAGCAGGCUUUUACGGACCAACCUGCAGCAACUCAAGGAGUAUAAACUGGGAAGGAAAACGGAGAUCUGUCUAGAGCCCCUUCAGAAGGAAGAAAACUUGGGGCCUCACGACGUGGUGCUGAGAACACAGAUGCGCAUCCCCGGCAAGAGGGCAUACGCCCCGCACGUGGACUUGGUGUGGGACACCGCCUGCGGCUGGACCGCCGGCUCCUUGAGGCAGCGCAUCGCCCACUUCUGCUCUCUUCCCGUGGAGAAAACUGAAAUCGCCAAGUACUUCCCCGAAAAGUUCGAGUGGCUUCCAGUCUCCAGCUGGAACCAGCAAAUUACCAAGAGGAAGAAGAAGAAAAAGCAAGAUAAUUUGCAGGGAGCACCUUAUUACUUGAAAGAUGGAGACACUGUUGGUAUCAAGAAUCUCCUGGUUGAGGAUGAUGAAGAUUUCAGUACCGUCAGAGAUGACCUGGGAAAAGAGACACAGAAGCAGCUCGCUCUGGGAAAACAGAAAAGCCAAGAAACCCUCCGUGUGCAGAGCAGUGACGUCUUCUCUGGUGUCAAGACGCCUGCCCGGCCCCGUGCACCAGAAGCGUCUCUUUCCAUCCACGUCGGGAGUUUCAGAUAG